AAUUUAUGAGACGGUGAGUGUUCCCCGACUUUCCCAUUCUGUCCCGAAGCCGAAGCGUGGUAUAUCGGACCCAGAACGAGUACACACAAAGAAUAUUCGAAUUUCGAAACGAAUAGACUUUGAAAAGCGAAUACAAGAAGAAGAAAGAUCUGAUUGAUCAUUCCUCCGAUUCCGAUUCCGAUUCCGAUGGCCGCUUCUACGGAGGGUUUGGUUCCCAUAACCAGAGCCUUCCUUGCUUCCUACUACGAUAACCACCCUUUCACUCCUCUUUCCCCCAAUGUCGACACCCUCUCUUCUCGCUUGCGUUCCAUCGCCGAUCAUCUUCUCUCUCAGUUCCCUCCAAAUCAAGGGGAAAGCAAUUUAAUAAAUAAAGCUGAUGCCCAACCUCCGCAUAAAAUUGAUGAGAACAUGUGGAGGAACAGAGAGUACAUUGAAGAAACGAUUUUCUUGCUUGAAAGAUCUAAUUGGCCAGAGGCGCUGAAACAACAGUCCACACCCGACAAUGUUGAACUUGCCACUAUGCUUGAGCAGCUGAAACACAAACUUCAUAAUACUUUGAAGUCCUUGGAAUCUUUCCAAAUUAAAAAUGCUGAACAUGUAUUUAACACAGUUAUGACAUAUUUACCUCAAGACUUCCGAGGAACUCUCCUCAGACAACAACGGGAACGCUCGGAGAGGAAUAAGCAAGCUGAGGUGGAAGCUUUGAUUAAUUCUGGUGGUAGCAUACAGGAUCGAUAUGCUCUGCUGUGGAAACAACAAAUGGACAGGAGAAGGACAUUGGCUCAGCUUGGUUCUGCAACAGGAGUCUAUAAAACACUUGUGAAGUACCUGGUUGGAGUUCCUCAAGUAUUGCUUGAUUUUACUCGCCAGAUCAAUGAUGAUGAUGGGCCGAUGGAAGAGCAGCGUCAUCGCUAUGGACCACCAUUAUACAGACUCACCUCGAUGAUUCUUUCUAUACGACUCUUUCUGUCAUUAUCAUGGGCACGAUAUGGGGCUAAGAAACUAGAAAAAGAACAAAUGACGGUGUUGGAACAAGCCAUUGACGUCUACACCUCGGAAUUGCAAAGGUUCAUGACCUUUAUUAGUGGGGUAUUUGCAAACGCGCCUUUCUUCAUUUCUGCAGAGGGUGCAGAAGCAGGGAAAAAUGAUGACUACAAAGAGAUAAGUGUUCCAGCAGGGAAAACUUAUGAGGUUUUACUCUCAGUGGACUCCGUUAACUCAUACAUUGCAUGGGAUUUUUCAUUAGUACAAGGCAAGAUUAAUAUGGAUAUUGGAUUUAGUUUGGAGUUUGAAAGUCCUAGUGGGGAAAAGAUUCUGAUGUUACCUUACGGCCGAUACGAGACUGACCAAGGGAACUUCUGCACACUAAUGGCUGGAAGCUAUAAACUGAUCUGGGACAACUCAUAUUCUACUUUCUUUAAAAAGGUGAUACGGUAUAAAGUAGAUUGUAUACCUCCUGUCACAGAACCAGCGCAGGCCGACUGAUUCAAAAAUUCCGAAGAAGGCCUUUUGAAUGAGGCAGGAUUGCUGAUUGAUUUGCUAGUGCUUUUCAUCUUAUUAAAAAUUGAAGUUCCAAUCGCUGAUGUCAGAGUUUGAUACACAUUCAAUUUAUUCCUGUGAAGGGAAGGGAAAAAGGGAAAGUAUUUGUGAACAAAAUUAACAUAUUGUGUAAAAUUGUUAUACAUUUACUCAUAUCAAGACUGUUGCAAGCCUUCAGUGCACAAAUUGCUUGAAUAGCAAUGUACAAACACAGAAGCAUACUGUACCUAUUAAGUAAUUGAGCAUUCAGUGAGUUUAUUAAGCAA